GUAGGUGGUUUAAGCCAGGAUCAGAGGUUAGAGGCGAUGUGGAAGCUGAAACAGUAUCAGUGUCGAGUUUUAAUAUCCACAGAUCUGACCUCACGUGGUAUUGAUGCUGAGAAGGUGAACUUGGUGAUUAAUCUGGAUGUUCCUCAGGACUGGGAGACCUACAUGCACCGUAUUGGUCGUGCCGGACGAUUUGGCACUCUGGGGGUUGCUGUGACCUACUGUUGCCAUGGAGAGGAGGAGAACAAAAUGAUGGCCAUCGCUCAGAAAUGUUCUCUGAAUCUCAUUCAUUUACCAGGUACUUCUAGAAGUAGAAGAAUAUUCCCGGUUCUGUGCCAGCUAAACUCGACAGCAUUUAUGGCAUAA